AUGAUACGGGAGAAUCCCGAAAACCAUUUACUUCGGUAUGGUCAGUUAUUCAAUCAAUUUAUCGUUGAUGCGUUUGUUAAAAUUGAAACUGAACGAUUAGGUUAUAUACGGUGUAAUCAAUCAAAACUGAGAGUAGACAUUUAUAUCCAUUUAAAAGACGUUUUUUUUCAUGAUGAACAUAUUACAAAUACAGGUCAAAAAUGUAUUUUACCAUCAACUUCUAAAAAUGGCCAAAUAUACGAUAAAAAAGAAAUAGUCCUAAUCGAUGAUAGUAAUGAAAAGGUAUUUUAG